GAAAAAAUCCAUUCCUAGGACAACCUCCCCAUGCCUCCAGGCUCUGCUUCCAUCAGAGCAGCGGCUCUGGAAGGAAGGAAAGGAAAAAAUUCAGAGGAGGAGAGGGCAGAUCCACACUUCCCAUGCCUCACACGACUGGAAGAGCGAGAAAUGCGUGGCUGAGAAGGUUUUUCCCCAAGGUGCCAGCCCUGUCUGAGGGCUCUGGCGUGGAAAACUCCCACAUGAACAUUCCCCACCCUCGGCUUGAUUUCCACCUGCGAGCCAUGGGCUAUAAAACCUGCCCUCCAAGCAGCUUCCCAGUCCUGCUGGGAGCAUCUGCUGGAGAUGAGGGCUCCUCUUGUCACCUUGCUGGCUGCUGUCCUCUGUGUGGAACAAGUUUUUCCAUUCAUGUGCUACACCUGCCAAGAACAGGAGUCCAACAAGGACUGUUUGACCAUCUCCAUGUGUGCCAAGGAGGACAAACACUGCGUGACCGUCCGGAAGGACGUCGGGACAAAGCCCAACAAGCCUAAAUAUGUCAUCUCCAAGAUGUGCUCUCCAACGUGUCCAGCAACAGACCAGCAACAAAUUCAAAGCUCCCAGAACAUUUCCUGCUGUGAGAAACCCUUGUGCAAUGUGAAUGGAGUCAGCAGCAGGCAAAGCAGCCACGGAAUGAUGUCCCUGGGUGUCCUGGCCAGCGUCACCUACAUCUUUGCAUACGGAUUGUGAUGGGUUUGGAAGAGC